AUGUCGCGCUAUAGUCCCACAGAGCCAUCGGAAGAUGGCAGGCCUCUGUUACGCGAUGCUUCCGUUGAUCCCAGCCCAGCGCCAUGGACCCCAGAAGGUCCCCCUCCCGCAAAGGCAAAGCGCGGCAUCCUCGCUCUGCUGUCGCUCAUGCUAGCCGUCAAUCUGUCCGCCAGUCUCUACCAGCUCCCACUGAACAGAGUCAUCGAAAGACGGCUUUGUGCCGAGUACUACGCCCAGAAGGGACCGGAUUCUGUCCCUGUGGACAGGCCGAUAGAUGAGCAGUUGUGCAAAGUGGAUGGUGUCCAACAAUCCUUGGCCCGCAUUCAGGGAGUGAUGGAAACCGCUUGGGUUUUCGGAGACUUUAUCAUGACUAUUCCUCUUGGAUAUCUUGCUGAGCGCUAUGGCCGUCGAAAGAUUCUCCUGCUGAACCUUAUUCCCAGGGUCUGCAUGCUCACCUGGGUUGUGGUGGUAGGCCACUUCGAUCAGCUGCUACCGACAAAAGCUGUUGCUGUAUCGCCUUUUCUUUCUGUGCUUGGGGGAGACUGUGUUUUCAACUCCCUUAUCUACGCACUUGCUUCAGAGCUGACGGCGGAUCAUGUUGUCCGCGCAUCUUACUUUGGUUACAUGAGCUCUGUCUCCUAUGUAGUUGCUCUUCUUGGACCCGCCUUGGCAUCUGCAAGCAUGGGCAUCCUGAUCUAUCUACCAUUCUGGAUCGGAACUUUGCUUUUGGUCAUCGGAGCUUUGGUCAUACCCAAGCUCCCCAACCUUCAGUCCGAGCACAUCUGGAACCCCUCUCAGCCACACGUAUCGUCACCAGUUCUCAAAGCAAGCUUGGGGUAUUCGUCGUUGUGGUCGUUGACGCGAGAACGGAUCCAGUCCUUCUACAUCAUUCUCUCCGACUAUCCGAAGAACUUCAUGCUGUUGCUCGCGAGCUUUCUGCUCACGUCCCUUGCGAGCUCCGAUACCAAACUUCUUGUUCAGUACAUCUCGAAACGGUACAGCUGGACCUUUGCUUCGGCAGGCUAUCUCCUUUCGGGCAAGGCAGUAGUCAACUUCACACUGCUUGCCGUCAUAAUACCUAGGUUCCUGCAAAGACGGAGCACACGAGACGCCGAUAGGUUCAAUCUCUUGUACUCGAGAAUCUGCCUGCUCGUCUCGGUCUUAGGAGCUGGGGCCAUAGCGUUUUCAGCCACCAUAUGGCUUCUUAUGCCAUCACUACUCACCUAUGCCCUGGGCUCCGCACUGCCCGUGUUUACGAUGUCCUUACUGAAGUCGCCCUGCAUGGCUCCUGCGAGCAGUACAGACGGGGAAACAGCUUCACCGCACGACAAUAUCAUAUUCUCCAUCGUUAUGCUGGUCAAGACCCUUGGCUCGCUCAUCGGGGCACCGCUGAUGGCCUUCUUGUGGGUCAGAGGCAUCGCCUUGGGAGACAUGGCACUUGGGAUGCCAUAUUUUGUCAGUUCGGCAUGUUACAUUGCGGCAAUCGCUGUCUUCUAUGGUAUCAGAGUGUACAGGUAA